AUGCGCACCCCCGUCUUAGGAGCCGGUGUGGCGCCUUUGGAGCCGGUGCCGGUAGAGGCAAGUAGCGCGUCAGGUGAGGAAGGUGGCGAGCCCGGUGCGGGAGACAAAGACACUGACAGGGAGCGCUUCUCAAAGAUGUGGAUGUACUGCCUUCAACAGAUGCAGGGACAUGAGGUCGGCAUGCUGAUGGACAUGAUGCCGCCCGACAUCCAGGAGCUGUACUCCGAUAAGCUCAGCGACGAGUACCUGCGGGACGAACGCGACAGCAUGGACAAGGGUGUGCAUGCGUUGCGUGCUGCGCAGAAGAUGGUGGAGGAGCUUACCCCAGAGCAGCUCGCCCACAUAGAGGAGUUCCUUGUAGAAACAGACGCUCUCAAUCCCGAAGCGAACCGGUGUCACGGCAAGGCACACCACCCGCGCGGCGAUGAUGACAAUCGCGAGGAGGAGGAGGACGACGGCGACGAUGACGGCGAAGACCUGUUCAUGCACCGAGACGAAGGCAUGGGCUCUGACGAGGAGGAAUGGCUGCUCGAACAAAUGAUCGCGGCUGGGGACAAGACGAGUGCCACGGCGAAGUAG